AUGACAUGGAAAGACUUUUCGCAGCAGCUGGAUUUUGUCAAGCUUUUUAUUGACGAUAUGGACGUCUCGCAAAAUAUCGUUCGGAUCGGGGUAGCCACCAUCUCCACAGAGAUACGCACCGAUUUCUUUCUAAAUACCUACAGGACAAAAGAGGGAAUUAAGAAAGCCUUGUCGAACAUCACCGACCCGCAGGGCAAAACACACACAUGGUUAGCGUUGGAGUACCUACACAAGAAAGCCUUCAACAAAGAAAAUGGUGGCAGGGUUGGAGUCCCAAAGAUUGCAAUCAUUUUGACCGACGGCGCGUCGCGAGACAGACAAAAGACACUGGUCGAAGCCGAGCGGCUGCAUAAUGAAUCGAUCCGGGUUUAUGCGAUUGGUAUUAGGAAUGUCGAUCUAACAGAGCUAAAAGCGAUUGCAUCCAAACCCGACAACGUAUAUCUGAGUUCUGACUUCAGUGCCCUCAAAGAUAUAGAAGCUUCGCUCAAGGAAAAUGUAUGCAAAAUAGGUAAGUAA